AUGGAAGACAAGUAUAAGAGCUGUGGAAAGUGCAGUGCACGUAUGAACGUAUUAGAUACGCACGAUGAAUGCUACCGACAUCGGAUUUGUCAUAAGGCCUUUCCCUGCAAUGUUUGCCGGGAAUGGAAUGAUGAGAAACGGUCACUCGUGGAUAAAAUGCUGGAGAAAGCAAGGUCAAAGCUUUCGUUUUCAUCAAGUGCCGUAAGCCCUUCUGUGCAGGAGGCAGGCAAGAAACUUGACACGGCAAAGCUGAGUGAAUUGGCGUCGCCGGCAAAGCAUGAAAAACUAUCGAAAGUUCGAACUGAUCAUAGUGCAGAUGAUCGUGAACCUCAAAGUUCGGGAGUACAUUUUGAAGCAGUUGAAUUUAACAAAUUUAUAGCAGAUCAAGUGCAAAUGCAAUUGAAAAAGUUGUUACCACAGGUACAGACGCAAGGCCUUAUUGCAAGUGAUGCAAUGCAUGCUUCCAUUGACUCGAAAUGUGAGAUUUCGGAGAGUCAAUCUUUGUCUAGGCCAAGGGCCCACUAUAGUAAAUUUAUGCCAUCCGAUGAUCAGAUUUCUGUUGUUUCCCAUGAAAUCGAGGAUGAAAUAAGUAUGGGUGGUUCGGCUAUUUCUGAUGAAAAUAAUAAUGAUGCCCACUCUCAGUCACAUUCUCAUGAAAAAGACUUUUCUCUGUUUAGUGAAGGAGCACCAGGAUCUACUGAUCCAAUUCAAUGGAAUAAUUUUCUCCAUAAAUUGACAACUAAAUUAAAAAUAGAUUGUUCAGAGGAAACUGAAACAGAAACAGUCAGAACUUCCUAUUUGCCUUCAAGACUGAAUUCUGGCAAUUCAAAUAAAUCAGCUCAUUUGAAAUUACCUCUAGAGGGUACCACAGUUGAAGUUUUUAAGAAUAUGGAAAAGGAAGCCAUGUCUGGAAGACUCAAAAAUAGGUCUGUUCGUCUUAGAGAUGAUAAGGCCUUUCUGGUGUCGAAAAAAGAUUUCACAGAAUUUUGUUCCCCUCCAAGGCUUGAUGAUAACAUAGAGAAGGGUUUGUCAUCUACUAUGGGAAAUAAGAAAAAAGGUUUUGUAGACCGUAAAAAGUUUUCACACUCUUUACCUUCCUUUCAUAAGGAAUGGAUGCUGAAUUUAAGAAGGUUGACAACUCAGCUAGAACAUUGUUAA